GUCGACGCCGACUUCGAGCUGCACAACUUCCGCGCGCUGUGCGAGCUCGAGUCCGGCAUCCCCGCAGCCGAGAGCCAGAUUGUCUAUGCUGAAAGACCUCUCACAGACAACCACAGAUCACUGGCUUCUUACGGCUUGAAAGAUGGAGAUGUCGUAAUACUACGACAGAAGGAGAAUGCAGACCCUCGACCUUCAGUGCAAUUCCCAAAUUUACCCCGAAUAGACUUCAGUAGUAUAGCUGUGCCUGGCACGUCCAGCCCCCGGCAGCGCCAGCCACCAGGAGCACAGCAGUCCCACUCAUCUCCUGGAGAAAUUGCUUCAUCUCCCCAGGGUUUGGACAAUCCAGCCUUGCUCCGAGACAUGUUGCUGGCCAACCCACAUGAGCUGUCCUUGCUGAAGGAACGCAAUCCACCUCUGGCAGAAGCUCUGCUCAGCGGAGAUCUUGAGAAGUUUUCCAGGGUCCUGGUGGAGCAGCAGCAGGAUCGAGCCCGGAGAGAGCAAGAAAGGAUUCGUCUCUUUUCUGCUGACCCUUUUGAUCUCGAAGCUCAGGCAAAGAUAGAGGAAGAUAUAAGGCAACAGAACAUUGAGGAAAACAUGACGAUAGCUAUGGAAGAAGCUCCAGAAAGUUUUGGACAAGUGGUGAUGCUUUAUAUUAACUGCAAAGUAAACGGACAUCCCGUGAAAGCCUUUGUUGACUCAGGUGCCCAGAUGACUAUCAUGAGCCAAGCGUGUGCAGAAAGGUGUAAUAUAAUGAGACUGGUGGACCGGCGGUGGGCAGGGAUCGCCAAAGGAGUGGGAACGCAGAAGAUUAUAGGCCGAGUCCAUCUAGCUCAGGUUCAGAUUGAAGGAGAUUUCCUGGCAUGUUCUUUCUCUAUACUUGAAGAACAGCCGAUGGACAUGCUUCUGGGACUGGACAUGCUUAAACGGCAUCAGUGUUCCAUUGAUCUGAAGAAAAAUGUACUUGUCAUCGGCACCACCGGCUCACAGACCACCUUCCUUCCUGAAGGAGAGCUACCAGAGUGUGCCCGGUUGGCGUAUGGAGCUGGGCGAGAGGAUGUACGGCCAGAGGAGAUUGCAGACCAAGAAUUAGCAGAAGCCCUUCAGAAGUCAGCAGAGGAUGCAGAGAAAAGUGGUAAAGAAUCUACCUCACUGGGAAUGUCAUCAUUACCAACUUCAGAUGGAUUUAACCAUCCAGCCCAUUCUUUAGGACAGAGUCCUGAGAUUGGUAAUCCUACAAGUCUUGCUCGCUCUGUCUCUGCUUCAGUCUGCCCUGUCGAGCCCAGUGACCCAGAUAGCAUCGAACAUAAAGAUGUGAAGGCUUUGAAGGCUUCAGCUGAAUUCCAGAUAGUCUCUAAGCAGAAAGUACAUCUUCCUCUGCAGGAUCUUGCUGAGCACGCUUCUUCAGCAGAUCACGCUCCGGCAGGCCAGAGUCCAGCUAUGCCUUUGCAGAAUUCAUCUGAGGAAGCAAUUGCAAAUAAUUUGGAAAAAUUUGCUGAAGGAAGCACCCAGGGUCUCAAAUGUCAUCUCCACACAAGACAGGAAACUAGUUUAUCUGUCACAACUAUGAGGAUGCAUGAACCACAGGUGCUUCCAGGCCAAAAUAGUUGGCAUCCAGAAAAUCAAAACCUGAGUCAAGCAAAUGGCCUUGAGCAGCACGAAGAACCAGAGUGUGACCAGAGUGAGGUUGCACAGCAGAAUGCUCCAUGUGACCUGGAACAUCUCCAUAGCAUAGGGGACCUGGAACUUCCUGGAGAAAGGCAACAGAACCCACAAAACAGUGUCGAUUUGGAAGGUGCAGUGAAAGGAGAUGAGCCGCAGCAGAGUGUGGAUCUCCCAAGUACAGAGACCCGUAUUUCACCUUCAGGAUGCUUUGGCUGCUCACAUUUAGAAACUCUUAUGGAAGUAGAUCUAGUUGAACAGUCCCUAGUUGCUGCGCUUAAUUCAGCAGAGAAUCAGAAUGCCAAUGUCAAGAGCAUCAGUAUAUCUGAUCUCACUUUAGAUAAUCCCUCGAUGGAAGUAGAAACAUCAAAAUGCAAUCCUUCUGCUGAAAUUCUGAGUAAUUCCAUUUUCACUCAGGAUUUACAGCCCCCAGAAAGCAAUGUAGAAAUACCUGGAACAAAUACAGAAUGCAGCAACUAUUCCCCUUUAAGUUUCUGUGGCAGUUGUCAGCCCUCUGUGGAGUCAGCAGAAGACUCUUGUUCAUCUGUAACAGCAGCCUUGAAAGAACUUCAUGAACUUUUGGUCAUCAGUAGUAAACCAGCUUCAGAUAACAUAUCUGACGAAGGUAUCUGUCAGUCAGAAACAGUAGCUGAGGACCAAGUAGACCUUUCUGAACAGCAGACCCAAAAUGAGCAUCUUGCCCAGAAUGAACAGUGUCCACAUGUCUCCUUUUAUCACGCUUUGUCUGUAUCAGUGAAGACAGAAAAAUUAACAGACACUUCAUCAGGCACUGAAACAGAAGGUGGGAGUCCAGGUAAUGGCCUGUCGGCUGAUAUGGAAGGUGUUCUCAAAUCUAGGGGAGCAGUAAAUGAGAGCAGUUCUGUCACUGUAACCUCAGCUAAAACAUCUAAUCAAUUACACUGCACUGUAGGUGUAGAAAUCUCACCCAAACUUGUAGUAGGUGAGAAGGAUGCACUCAAUCAGACUUCAGAGCAAACUAAGUCUUUGUCGUCUGGUUUCAUAUUGGUUAAAGACUUGGGUCAGGGCAUACCGAAUCCAGUAACAGACAGGCCUGAAACCAGAGAAAAUGUCUGUCCUGAAUCUACAAGGCCAUUUCUUGAAUGGGAACCCCCUUCCAGCCAUCCAUCAGCAAGUCCCUCCAUUCUUCCACCAUUUUUUCCUGCUGCAGACAUUGACCGGAUUCUACGUGCCGGCUUUACUUUGCAGGAAGCUCUUGGGGCUUUGCAUCGAGUAGGUGGAAAUGCAGACCUUGCACUUCUUGUUUUGCUAGCGAAGAACAUUGUAGUUCCUACAUAACUAUGGGAAAGUGGGCUAGACUGUACUCCAUUCCCUUACAAAGAGCUCUCUCUAUAUACACACAUGUACGUACACACUCACCACUUAACACAGGAUAUAUAGAAACCUGCAAGCAGAAUGUUGAGCCAGAUUUUUUUUUUUUAAAGAUUUUUUUCGGCCAAAGUAAUUUAUGAUCUCUCGUCUGAUGAAUUUGUCUCUUCUACUUGUUAAAAUUUGGGCCUUUUUAAAUGUCUUGGCAGUAUGUGCAUACAAAAGCUUUUUAUUCUCAUUAAGAUGAUGUAUUCUGGAAUAAAACGGAUGGUUUCAUGUAUAGCAUACCAUUUUAGGAUGAGAGUGAAUGCUUUGACGAGCAGAAGCCACGAGAAAUCCCACCAACCAUGCAGCUAAAAGCAGAUCAAGUGUACUCCAGAGCUGUGUGUGCCAUAGGCAAGGUCUGGCUAUUGACUCUAUUGUCAGUUUAGAAUUGUUUGACCACAUAGUUUGGUGUUUGGAAUUAUACCCAGUGCUCUGUGUAUUAUGGUUCACUUAAUUAUACCAGGAAAUUGAAGAAUAAUUGAAUAAUA